UCGUGCGGUUUGAGGAAUACGGAACUGUGGAUUAGUGUUUUUAAAUGACAUGUUUUGUCAAGGUGCUUCCCUGCUGCGCCUCGGUCGUUAGUGUUGCUGCAGUGCAACUCGCUUUGCUGUCGUCCCGGAGCCGUUUGGUGUGACGGGGUUAACCUUAUGUGUGUUGGGGGUUUAUCAAUAAUCGAUGACCGCUCUAGAGGUGAGACUGACAUCGGCCUCUUGCUGGUCUCGGCUUCAUCUCCACUCCGCUUGUAAACUUUUAGACAAAGUAAGCGUGCUGCUCUACCUGCUUCCAAAGUUGUUUGAAGGUCUCUGCUGGACAUGAUCACACAAAAACAUGGAAGGCUUGUUUGUUGUCAUGACUUUUCAAGGGUUUAGUUGCUCAUCAACGUCAUCAUUUCUUAACGAAUUAGAACGAGGCACUUUGCAAUUCACUGUAAUAUCUUACUCGGUUUUGUGAUUGCAUUCAUAUCUUACUUUAAUCAAACAAAUAAUUUGUCAUCUCUCUAAGGAGUUAUUAAGCUCUUUGUACUAUUAUUUGUACAAUGUAAAAGAAGCAAAAGGGUUCACUAACUAAAAUGGUCUGUCUUUCAGGGUGUGUUUCAUUUCACUGUAAAUUUGAAAGUUAAAAACACUGACAUCUGGGUUUCACUUAUAGGGCUCAUGUCUGCUGUGUCAGGGAUGAUUGUGGAGCACACGGCAUGGAAAAGAACAUCGGAGACCAGCUCAAUAAAGCUUUUGAAGCUUAUCGCCAGGUCUCCAUUGAAAAGGACAAUGCCAAAAAGGAGCUGGAACAAAUGAGUGAACACUAUGAGCGAUACACUCGAAAACUUCAAAAGCAGAUCCAGGACCAGCAGCAGUUGAUUUCAAAACUUGAAGCUAAGUUAUCAGCAAAAAGGCAACCAUCAGGGGAGAUGAAAUGCGAGCCUUGCAACCAUCUCGCUGAUGGGGCCAGCGCUUAUAUGAAAAUGCAGCACUUGGAGAAAACUGACACUGUUGCUUCUAGUUGUCCAGUCAACAGCAGCUUUGACUAUCAGGACAUGCUGAAAGCAUUUGAAGCCAUUCAAGGGAAAUUCCGGCAGAUUCGCUCUCUAACCAGGAGACAAAAAGAUCACCUUAAAAGGUUCCAUGGAGGAAGCAGUGCAUCAAACGAUCAGUGGUUCUCCAUGCCCAUCCAGUGCACGGACCGCACGGCAGAGAGGCCCUUUUCCUCGCCGCUGAGGUCAGCGGUGGCUGCCCCGCCGCCGCCGCCCAUGCCGCCCCCCAUGCCUCUGGCGUCUCGCUGCGCCAGCCCCGAAGACAAGGACCUAGAAGACUCUCUCACCAAACUCAGUGUCAAGUUCCCGCCCUCCGCGGACAGCGAAUACGACUUUCUGAACAGCGCUCCGGAGAGACACAGCGGCCUGGCCGUGUUCCUGAAGCGGCCUCCCCGCGGCGUCCCCUCCACACUGACAGAAGAGGAGCCCGUGAAACUGCCCGCGCCUUUUGUCUACCCUCCAUCACCCACCCACGCGCCAUCGUCCCCGCUCUCCCAGGAGAGCGUGCGGGGACCCCAGCAGCCUCUGUGGAGCCCCGAGCCGGGUGAUGCGGUUGACGUGGGAACAGAGCUGGCGACGCCUCAGAGCAGCAGUCCUGAUAAAUGUGCUUUCUGCCACGCUGUGGUUCCCCAGGACCGAAUGAACAGCCACCUCUACUCGCAUUUCUCCGCUAAGAAUGAAACCGACACUUGCCGGUGAAGACAGAGACCGACGCCGGGGUCAGGGGCCUCGGCUGCUCCCAUACUUACGGUAUCGGAGGUCUAGUCCUGUCUGCCUCAAAGAACACGCGGCGUAAUGGAUUUGAAAUGACACUGCAAGAAGACUUGGAUCCAUUUAUUUAAUAUUGAAGAAUUGACUGCUUUACUUUCUUGCCCAUUAUAUUCUUCAAAUGUCACGCUGAGAUUUAACAAGUGAUGACAAUACGUAACAUGAAAUGUGUGUGUGUGUGUGUAUAUAUAUAUAUAUAUAUAUGGGGCAAAUAAAGCAGACAUAUAAUCUGUUUUUUAUCAUUUUGAUAAUUUUCAAUAUGGAAACAUGAAACAGGUUGGCAGUCAAGGCCAUAAAGUGUAUUAUUACAUAAAUAUAUA